UAAACUCUUUCUCUUAAAACCUUUUAAAACCAAAAUUCAUCAAAAAACGUUUCAACCUCUCUUUCUCUUUCUCUCUCUUUUAUUAUUAUUAUUUUUUUAAUUUUUAUUUAUUUAAAAAAUUAUUAUUAUUAUUUUUAUUUUUUAAAUAUUGAAAUUUCCAGUCACCGGAGCCGUCGUUAGAAGCUUCGAGUUCUCCUCCGUUGGAUGAUUUGACUUUUUGACUCAGUGAAGAUCAACGAUGGGACAAUGCUGUACAAAGCAAGUCGCCGUUUCCACAGUCAACGGAGACCAGUCAAAGACUUCUAAUGAAGCUCCGACUAGUUCCGUUACCGGAGGAGGAGGAGCUUCUUCUCACUCCGGUAAGAAUACUCCGGCUUAUUCUUUUACCGCCAGUCCUUUUACUAGUCCUUUACCAGCGGGUGUUGCUCCAUCGCCGGCGAGAACACCUGGGAGGAAGUUCCGAUGGCCUUUACCGCCUCCUUCACCGGCGAAGCCGAUCAUGGCGGCGCUUCGUCGCCGGCAGGGGAAGUCUCCGAGACCUAAGGAUGGACCGAUUCCGGAGGAACAGAACGGAGAUGAAGGGGAGAGAGAGAGAGAGCUUGAUAAGAACUUUGGGUAUGGGAAGAACUUUGGGGCAAGGUUUGAGCUUGGGAAGGAGGUGGGUCGAGGGCAUUUUGGUCAUACUUGUUGGGCUAAGGGCAAGAAAGGUGAGCUUAAAGGUCAGCCUGUUGCUGUGAAGAUCAUAUCCAAAGCUAAGAUGACAACGGCUAUAUCUAUUGAGGAUGUUCGUAGGGAGGUGAAAAUACUGAAGGCAUUAUCGGGGCAUAAAAAUCUGAUCAAAUUCCAUGAUGCAUUUGAGGAUUCGAAUAAUGUCUACAUUGUAAUGGAGUUAUGUGAAGGUGGAGAACUACUUGAUAGAAUUUUGGCAAGAGGUGGAAGAUACACAGAAGAAGAUGCAAAAAGUAUUAUUGUACAGAUUUUAAGUGUAGUUGCUUUUUGUCAUCUUCAAGGCGUUGUGCACCGUGAUCUAAAGCCAGAGAAUUUUCUUUUCACAACAAGAGAUGAAGAUGCCCCAUUGAAAGUUAUCGAUUUUGGUCUGUCUGAUUUCAUUAGGCCAGAUCAAAGACUCAAUGAUAUAGUUGGCAGUGCAUACUAUGUUGCUCCUGAAGUAUUACAUAGAUCUUACAGUACUGAAGGAGAUUUAUGGAGUAUUGGCGUCAUAACAUAUAUAUUGCUGUGUGGAAGCAGACCUUUCUGGGCUCGUACUGAAUCAGGCAUAUUCCGUUCAGUAUUAAGAGCCGAUCCUAACUUCAAUGACUCACCUUGGCCAGAAGUGUCACCAGAAGGGAAAGAUUUUGUGAAAAGGCUUCUGAACAAGGAUCACAGAAAAAGAAUGACUGCUGUGCAAGCUCUUGCUCACCCUUGGUUACGAGAUGAAAGUCGUGACUUGCCUUUAGAUAUUUCAAUCUACAAGCUAGUUAAGUCAUAUAUUCGAGCAACACCUUUGAAACGUGCGGCCUUAAAGGCACUAUCAAAAGCUAUCACAGAAGAUGAGCUCAUCUAUCUCCGAGCCCAGUUUAGGCUUUUGGAUCCAAAACAUGGAUAUGUAACACUCGAUAAUUUUAGAACGGCUCUCACAAAAAAUGCUACUGAUGCCAUGAGGGAAGCAAGGGUUUCCGACAUUUUAAAUUUGAUGGAACCACUUUCUUACAAGAAAAUGGACUUCGAAGAGUUCUGUGCCGCUGCAAUCAGUACUUAUCAACUAGAAGCCCUUGAAGGAUGGGAAAAGAUUGCAAGUACAGCAUUCGAGUUUUUUGAAAUCGAAGGAAACCGUUCCAUCUCAGUCGAGGAGUUAGCCCAGGAGAUGAGUUUGGGUCCAACAGCUUAUCCUUUAUUGAAUGAUUGGAUCAGAACUUCAGAUGGGAAGCUUAGCUUCCUUGGAUAUACUAAAUUUUUGCAUGGAGUGACACUACGAAACGCUAAUUCGAGACAUCGAUAGAGUUUAACUUAAAGAACAAUUUUCCCCUACUUUUUUUUCUUAUAGAAUUCUUUUCCUCCCCUCUUACUGAAAGUGGUUUGUGUAUUUUUUUUGGUUUACCAUUUCCUUCUAUGGUAAAAGGUGAAAAUUGGAGUGUCUACAUAGGUUAAAAAAAAAAAGAAAAGAAAUUGAAACAGUUGGUAUUGCAUUGCAAUAGCUUGUAUGAAUUAAUUUACAUGAACAUAUUUUGUUUAAUUUUUGUAAAAAUAAUUUGUGUACUGUAAACAAUUAUGUGUUGAAAUCUUUGAGAAAAAUACAACUUUUUUUUUUUC